AUGGUCCGUGACGAACUUUUGCCUCCGUUGGCGAGGGUCACCGAUCAGGAUCAACGAGGAGUCCUGUGGAUUAUUGCAACAAUAUGUYUGUUGUUUAUGACCCUCACCUUCGCCGCCCGAGUCUUUGUGCGAUGGAUGCGGUUUCAACCAGAUGAUUAUGCGAUUUCCGCUGCCUGCUUGCUGGUCGUGGCUCAGACGGGCGUAUCAUUCGCGGCUGUCGGUUUGGGCCUUGGAACUACAACAACCACGCUCGAAGAUGGCAGUAUUCAGACCAUCUGGCGACUCGUCCUUGCCAGUGAGGUCUUGUUCAUCUUGGCCAUCUUCACAGCAAAGGGAGCUGUGCUGCUCACGAUAAGAAAGAUCUUGCCACCAAAUAUGACCUUGAGAAUUGCUUUCACAUAUACGAUCAUGGUCGUGGGAGCGCUCUGUUUGGCCUCCGUGCUCGCCGUAACCAUCAACUGUGAUAGCCGUAGCCUCUUUGCAGAGGAAGAGCGUCGCUGUCAUCAGUGGCCUCGGUGGACCGGCGUCGCUAUUGCAGACUCUGCGACAGACAUAUGGGCGUUUGGUCUCUUCUGCUGGGUCAUAUGGCCGCUCCAGAUGCGCGUCGGCUACAAAAUCACUUCUACGGCACUGCUAGGUCUUCGACUCAUAUGUAUAGCUUUUACCGGCGUGCAUGCGCACUACGUUGCCGUCUUUGAGCGAAGCACCAAGCCUUCUGUGGACGUUAUAACCCCACUGGUCUGGCAACAGCUGGCUCUCACCUAUUCACUACUUUCGGCCAUGUCAAUCGCCCUCAGACCUUUCUUCCGCGACUUCCACUCUGGGAUGGGUAUGGAUGUCGGGCAUCUCAACGAAGACAAGUACGGGAAAGGCAGUACCAUACAAGACAGCGGGGCAUUUCAGAUGAACAACCUACCCUCCAAGCAGCAGAAGUCAGAGGACAAGAACACAGCACCUGCGCAAGACGGCGACAGCGAUCACGAACUUGUCGACACCUGUGAAAGGUACCGUGGGACGAAGGGUGAUACGCACUACGAGGCCGCCAUCUUCCAAGGUGAUCGAAAGCCAAGCAGCGGCGGCGGCGGCGUUAGCCCCCAUGAUUUCAUCCGGYGCGACGUAGAAUAUGUCGUUAGUUAUGACAAAGCAUGA